AUGGGCAGUCGCAAUAAGCAGACACUGCAAGAUCGCCGGAAAGGGGAGCUCGCGCUCUCCGACUUCGCGGAGUAUGUCGAACGACAACGAGCGAAGACGCGCAUUCAGCACCCUGAAUCCGUCGCUGCCUCGUCCGUCACCGAAGACCAUGCCGAGCUCGAUAUCCUCGAUCAACUAGACCUCUCGGACAGUCCCAGUCGGGCAAAACUAAAAGAGUGGCUGCUUGAUACCUCGGAGGAUGCAGCUGCAACGCUGCAGGAUUUGUCGGGACUUGUACAGUCUCGGAUCGACGAGGGCCAUGGCGAGGCGCUCUUCGAGCUAGGUCUUGAGGAUAACGGCGACUCAAUGGGUUUCACCAAAGAGCAAUGGGACCUUGCUAUGAAACGCAUCACUGAAGCGGCCGGUAUGCUCAACGCUGCAGUCAAUGUGCUGCUGACGUAUAAUGUUGGCGGCGAUAAGGAGGCUCAAUCAAACACGGCCAACGACCACUCAAGCCACGGCAAACUCCUCAUUCGACAAACCCCGGCAACGGCCGAAGAAGUCAUCGAGACGCGAAUUGCCGUGGUUGGCAAUGUCGAUGCUGGCAAGUCGACCAUGUUGGGUGUCCUGGUCAAGGGGAACUUGGACGAUGGCCGGGGUAAGGCUCGAGUCAACCUGUUCCGCCACAAGCACGAGAUUGAGUCUGGCCGUACCUCGUCCGUGGGGAUGGAGAUUAUGGGCUUUGACACUCAUGGUGAAGUUGUCACGUCCAGCGUGCCAGGUCGCAAACUUACCUGGGCGGAGAUUGGAACUCGAUCUGCGAAGGUCAUCUCGUUUACUGAUCUCGCUGGCCACGAGCGAUAUCUUCGGACUACUGUGUUUGGCCUCCUCUCUUCUGCACCGAACUACUGUCUGCUGAUGGUGGCAGCCAACAACGGACUGAUUGGUAUGUCCAAGGAGCACCUCGGGUUAGCAUUGGCCCUGAAUGUCCCUGUCAUGGUCGUCAUCACCAAGAUCGACAUCUGCCCACCCCAGAUUCUCGAACAGACAAUCACGCAGCUCACGAGGAUCCUCAAAUCACCCGGAGCGAGGAAAAUCCCCGUUUUCAUCAAGACCUACGAAGAGACUGUCCUGACCGCCACACAAUUUGUGUCCCAGCGGAUUUGCCCCAUAUUUCAAGUCUCCAAUGUCACCGGGGAAUGCCUGGACCUUGUUCGCGCCUUUCUCAACAUUCUUCCGCAUCACGGUCAUUACGAUGACCAGGCGCCGUUCGAAUUCCACAUCAACGACACUUUCUCCGUCCCCUUUGUGGGCACAGUCGUGUCGGGAGUUGUGAAGUCGGGAAUGAUUCACGCCGGAGACAACGUCCUUGUUGGACCUGACUCGCUCGGACAAUUCCAGACUACAAACAUUCGAUCCAUUGAGCGGAAACGAAUACAAGUGCCGGCUUGUAGCGCGGGCCAAUCUGCCUCUCUGGCCCUGAGGCGGAUCCGAAAGAAGGAAGUGCGCAAAGGUAUGGUUGUGCUCCCGAAGCUCGAAGGCCCGCCGCCCAAGGUCUACCGAGAGUUUGUCGCCGAAGUCUUGAUCCUCUCUCACCCUACGACGAUACGACCAAAAUACCAGGCCAUGCUCCAUGUCGGGCCGAUCAGUCAGACCUGCGCCAUCAUCGAGAUUGAUCGUGAGUAUAUUCGGACAGGCGAUCGAGCCACAGUCGCGUUCCGAUUUGUCCAGAGGCCCGAAUUCCUUGCCGUGGGGGACAAAAUACUCUUCCGUGAGGGCAAGACCAAGGGUUUAGGGAUUGUCAAGUCUCUGGAAUACGAGGAAGGGUCACUGAACAAACAAGCGCAACAGAAUGGGCAGGGAUCGUCUAAAGGAGAUUGGUCAAAGGACAAGUCCCAGGCGGAAGAGAAAGUCAGCGUGGUUUUAAAGGGUUCUGCAUCGGCGGCGGCGGCGGGGUCACCAACGAGCGAAAAGAGGAGUAAUUAG